AUGCAAACUGUCGACGAUAUUAUAUUUGAUAAUACUAUAUAUCCGCUGGCUAGAGUUUGGGCUCUCCUACUUUACGAGAUGAGAGGAACACACAUUGCUAUUCUCUUACCUAAUGCUCAUCUGAUGCCAUACAUUCGUCCUUUUCAGAAUACAACAGCGUGUCAAAAUCAUAUCGACAUGAAUAAUCAAAGAAUGAUCACAUUAUUUACUUAUGAAAACAAUAUGCAAUGGCUGACUAUAAACUUAUAUUUCAAUAACACGCCACAACUACGAAAAAUCAACAUUUUUUGUUCAUCAGUUGAAGAUCAAGAAUAUUGGACUACAUGGACGGCACGUUAUAGAGACAAAAUUGAUGAACCAUUCUUAUACGCUGAACUUGAUUUAAAAUUAUUAUUAUUUGGUUUUUAUCACAUACCACAAGUACGCCAACACUUUCGUAACGAUAAUGCAGUAUUAAAUAGAUUGAGGGAAGAUGAAAGACAUAUUCGGAGAGCUUUCCAAUUUGUUGCUUUGAACUUAAGGGAUAAUCGUGGAGAUGCAGGUUUGGGUUCAGUUCCAAUUGGUAUAUCGAAGGUUAGUGGUUUGUGGCCACUUAAUGUACCGAUUGUUGGAUGUGUUUCGACGUUUGAUAUUAAUGAAUGGAGUGGUUGA